AGACGUCGCCACGUCUUCACGUGUUUGUGAUGUCACUCGCCAUUAGCAACUAGGAACUAGCAGCUACCGUUACUCCCGGCGUCAUGUCCGGCCUGAGUGGGAGGGUGCAGGCAUCAGAGUCUCACUCCUCCUCAGUAGUGGAGGAGACAGGAGGACCGGGCGAAGUCAGUGGCUGCUGCUCCAUCAGAGGCAGAUAACAUAAUUUGUUUGGCUGACGUGGACGGAAAACUUCACCAAUAAACUCCUAGCUGUUGCCCUGUCAACAGGAGGACCCCCAUACUCCUCGGCAGCCAAUAGCGACCAGGUGCUCUUACUCCGCUGAGGUGUUGGAAGAAGUCAGCCAAUCGCUUGUUGGCUUUCAUUGAAAAUUAACACUCUGGCAAAAAGGUAACCAAUCAGGGGCGGCAGUGGGGUGCACAAGAAGCUCUCACUCCGGUCGCUGGAGUAUGAGUCAGCCAACCAGCUUUUGGGGUUCCCCACUCAGGCCAGUGUGGUGGAAGUAAGCGAUGAGGACUUGGAGGUGACUCAGCCAAUCACCAAGGCAACCGCCAUUGCGCUGCUAUCCAUUCUCCCCUCCCACUUGUUCAUUCCAGCCAAUUGCUGCUCAGCUGUCAAGCUCUUAUCACAAACUCCUGUUGUGAAAACAGGCAGCCAGGUGACUAAAUCCCCCCCAGCUGUGGAGUUGUGUGACAAGCCAGCAGGAGAAGCCAAGAGAGAGCCCCAUUCUUAGAGUGACUACUACACUACACUGCCAACUAGCUUUCCUCUAUCUGCCUGCAAAAGCUCAGUGCCAUUGGUUGUUGGUGGCUCAAAAGGGUCUUGUCUUUGGGGGCAGUAGGCCCCAGUGCUUAGGGUACUCCAGGAGACAAGAGGAACUCUUUGCCAUCUCUUUUCUACUCCUCAUUGGGAGCUACAGAUUCGGUGAAGCGUCCAUUGACCUCCAUGAAUGGAAAUCGGAACCGCAGGACCCGUGGGGGCUCAGCCCUUCUUCAUGGUGCCCAGACGGCCUGGAUAUGGCACCAUGGGAAAACCCAUCAAGCUGCUGGCCAACUGUUUCCAGGUGGAAAUUCCAAAGAUUGAUGUCUACCUCUAUGAGGUGGAUAUUAAGCCUGAUAAAUGCCCUCGCAGAGUCAACAGGGAGGUUGUUGAUUCCAUGGUUCAGCAUUUCAAAGUCACUAUAUUUGGGGACCGCCGACCUGUUUACGAUGGGAAAAGAAGCCUUUAUACUGCCAAUCCUCUGCCUGUAGCAUCUACUGGGGUGGAUUUGGAUGUAACAUUACCCGGAGAGGGGGGAAAAGACCGUCCCUUCAAGGUUUCAAUUAAGUUUGUCUCAAGGAUAAGCUGGCAUUUGCUGCAUGAAGUUCUGACGGGUCGGACCCUUCCCGAACCUCUAGAACUGGACAAACCAAUAAGCACUAACCCGGUUCAUGCAGUUGAUGUGGUGCUACGACACCUUCCCUCCAUGAAGUACACCCCAGUAGGACGUUCCUUCUUCUCAGCUCCUGAGGGUUACGACCAUCCUCUAGGAGGUGGAAGAGAAGUCUGGUUUGGAUUUCAUCAGUCGGUACGGCCUGCCAUGUGGAAAAUGAUGCUCAAUAUCGAUGUUUCUGCCACUGCCUUUUAUAAAGCACAACCAGUUAUUCAGUUCAUGUGUGAAGUUCUUGACAUCCAUAACAUUGAUGAACAGCCUAGACCUCUGACUGACUCUCACCGGGUAAAAUUUACCAAAGAGAUAAAGGGUCUGAAGGUUGAAGUGACACAUUGUGGAACAAUGAGGAGGAAAUAUCGUGUUUGCAAUGUGACAAGACGUCCCGCCAGCCAUCAGACGUUUCCUCUACAGUUGGAGAAUGGGCAGACUGUAGAAAGGACGGUAGCUCAAUACUUUAGGGAAAAGUAUAACCUCCAGCUGAAGUACCCUCAUCUCCCCUGUCUACAAGUUGGACAGGAGCAGAAACACACGUACCUGCCUCUAGAAGUAUGUAACAUUGUUGCCGGCCAGCGAUGCAUCAAGAAGCUGACGGACAAUCAGACCUCCACUAUGAUCAAAGCUACCGCAAGGUCUGCUCCAGACAGACAAGAGGAGAUCAGCAGGCUGGUUAGAAGUGCAAAUUAUGAUGCAGACCCCUUUGUUCAAGAAUUUCAGUUUAAAGUACGUGAUGAGAUGGCCCAUGUGACUGGAAGAGUUCUUCCUGCACCAAUGUUACAGUAUGGAGGAAGAAAUCGGACAGUGGCAACUCCAAGUCAUGGGGUUUGGGACAUGCGGGGAAAGCAGUUCCAUACUGGUGUGGAAAUCAAGAUGUGGGCGAUUGCAUGUUUUGCAACGCAAAGGCAGUGCAGAGAAGAGAUUUUGAAAGGAUUCACAGACCAGCUACGAAAGAUAUCAAAGGAUGCAGGAAUGCCAAUCCAGGGUCAGCCAUGCUUCUGUAAAUAUGCACAGGGGGCAGACAGUGUGGAGCCCAUGUUCCGGCACCUGAAAAACACAUAUUCUGGCCUCCAGCUCAUCAUUGUUAUUUUGCCAGGGAAAACACCUGUGUAUGCUGAGGUCAAGAGAGUUGGAGACACUUUGCUGGGUAUGGCCACACAGUGUGUCCAAGUGAAGAAUGUAAUAAAAACAUCUCCUCAAACCCUCUCCAAUCUGUGCCUAAAGAUUAACGUCAAACUUGGAGGGAUUAAUAAUAUUUUAGUCCCUCACCAACGUCCAUCUGUUUUCCAACAGCCUGUGAUUUUCUUGGGAGCAGAUGUCACUCACCCACCUGCCGGGGAUGGCAAAAAGCCUUCUAUUGCUGCUGUUGUAGGCAGCAUGGAUGCCCACCCAAGUCGUUACUGUGCCACUGUGAGAGUGCAGCGCCCUCGGCAGGAAAUCAUUCAUGAUCUGGCAUCCAUGGUAAGGGAGCUUCUCAUACAGUUCUACAAGUCCACGCGUUUCAAACCCACAAGGAUUAUCUUCUACCGAGAUGGAGUCUCCGAGGGUCAGUUUAGACAGCAGGUGUUAUAUUAUGAGCUGCUAGCCAUCAGAGAAGCCUGUAUCAGUCUGGAGAAGGAUUACCAGCCAGGCAUUACCUACAUUGUGGUACAGAAGCGCCACCAUACACGACUUUUCUGUGCAGACCGAACAGAAAGGGUUGGUAGAAGUGGAAAUAUCCCAGCUGGGACGACCGUGGAUACAGAUAUAACACACCCAUACGAGUUUGAUUUUUACCUCUGCAGCCACGCUGGAAUACAGGGUACCAGCAGACCCUCUCACUAUCACGUCUUGUGGGAUGAUAACUGCUUUACUGCUGAUGAACUCCAGCUGCUGACUUACCAGCUGUGCCACACAUAUGUGCGCUGCACGCGCUCAGUCUCCAUACCCGCACCUGCUUAUUAUGCCCAUCUUGUGGCAUUUAGAGCUCGGUACCAUCUUGUGGACAAAGAACAUGACAGUGCUGAAGGAAGCCAUGUAUCUGGACAAAGCAAUGGUCGUGACCCACAAGCCCUUGCCAAGGCUGUGCAGAUUCACCAAGACACCUUACGCACAAUGUAUUUUGCGUGAGAACACCUGCAACCCUCAAAUUCACACAGGUUUGGCUUACAGCAAGGAAUCUGAAGGAUCUGCUGUGUGGGUUUCAAGGGCAAAAGGGGAUUGUUCUGUCACUGGCAUCCCCUUAAGAUACCUUCCCCACACUCCCUUCUGCUUGCACUGACGCCCAGGCACAGUAAUUGAGGGGAGAGCUAGUCCUGGGAAUAGAAGAUCAUUGAGGAACACAGCACUAAUAUGCAAUAUGAAACCAGCCAACUGCUAGUUCGUUGCAAUGGAGCCUCCACUUGGAUGCACUGCUUAUGUUUUGUCUUUUUUAUUUUACUUUAAAUAUUUUAACCCUUUAUGCCUUUACCUCAAAUUGCUCUGCAGCAUUAGCUGUCUUUGCAAAAACAAAACAAAAAACCAAUAGUGAUAUUUAGAGGGGCAAGUAUAUGCACUAGCAUGUACACACCAGGACAGCCUUUAACAAGCAUAGGGUGCAAUACCUACUUUGUAAUAGUUUUGGCCCAUCUGCUGUAAUCCUUCUGAAAUGCAGUUAGUAUAUUGCUGGCAGCAACAAGUAGUUAAGGAGUCUUUGCAGUGGUAACAUUGGCCGCACUUACAAUUGUUUUUUCCUGGCAUAGGAUUCAUUGCAACACUCCAACAAGGAAGGUGGAUAGAAGCAGUGCUUUUUUUGUGUUUGUAUGUAUACUCAUAUGUUUAUAUAUGAGAGUCUGUGUGUAUGUGUGUAUGUAUGUAUAUAUAUAUGUGUGUGUGUGUGUGUAUGUAAAUGAUACAUACAUGUGUUUAUCAAAAAUAUAAGAGAAUCAAAAUUUUUAACAAGGUGUUUCCUUGAAUGAAUUUUGAGGAACACUUGUCCACACAUAUACUGUUUUUUCAUUGUUUUUGUUUGGUUUGUCAUAGCCACAUGCACAGUUAAGCAGUCCCCUUCCCUUAUUCUGUCAAACUGGAAGACACUACUGUUUUCGAGGCUGAAGCAAAUACUGAGACUGCAUGUGGCCAGCGAUGAGGCAUGCCACCGAUGGGAUCAUCUCAAACCUUCUUAGGAAGGAGCGAACAAAGCAGGGGUAUAGGGCGCUUGGUAUUGCUGUAUGCCUGUUCCCUGUGCUGCUAUUAACUUUUUUUUUUAACUGCUUUUAAGCAGUGGAAUCUUUCUAACUGAAAAAGGGUUGUCUGUCCUUUUAACGCAAGAUGUGGAAUGGCCUGUUUAAUGGAAAUAACCUUAUUUCCCUGCAGGCUGCAUUGUUGCUGUUUACCAUUUCUUUCUGUCAUUUCAGCUCAUCUCUGGUGUUCCCUCCUCCACAUAAUUUGCUAAAAUCAGACCGACAGCCCUGUUGCAGUUUUAAUGAAUUUAAGUAUUGAGAUAGGUCUCCACUACCCCUCUAUGGGAUCCUCUUUAACACUGUGCCAGUUGGCGAAGGAAAAAUCAUCCUAAAAAGAAUGCAGUUUAGGAGGACCCUACAAUACAAGGUGUUUUUAUUCUGUUAACAGAGUGACUAUCCUUACCCAUUUUAUAUUGGUUUGUUACUGUUGCUAAUGUAUUUUCAUUCAUUUAAAUGGCUGGACAUCAGUGUGUAGCCUAUUACAUUUUUAAUAUUUAUUAGAUGAAUAACACUUAAUUUAAUUAUUUCUGAACAUAUUUUUAGAAGCCCAUUUAUAAGUAUUGUUGGUUCCUUGGUGAAAUGUCUGUCUUUGUAACUGACGGCUUACUGUUUUAUUUUGCUUUUUUUUUUUUUUUUUUAGUGCAAUAAGCAAAAAUAAGUUUAACCCUUGCACUUCUUUAGGGGUAGGGGCGCAUUGCAUUUAGUGGCUUUGCAAUCCUCCCAGGAGCUUAAGGGGUUAAAUAUUAAUCAAAGCCUUAAUUAUGAAAGGGAAGUGUCAAAAGUCCUGGGGGAAUCAUAGUACUUAAUAUACAAGUGACAUGUUUUGUCAAGGUGUCAUGUCCACAUUCGGUAGAAUCCUGUUGUAGAAUAUACUUUUUCAGUUGUGCAAUGUUUGGUACUUUUGCUUUACAUAUUUGUGCACAAUUUUGUUUUCCUCAUGGACCAAUGCAUGUACAUUGUAGUUUCUCCACGACCAUAACAGUUUCUGGUUUACAUAAUUGACUGACAAAGUGAGAUGUGGGAAUCUCACUUGCUGAAAUAUGACAAUUCCUCGUGUUAAUGCUUUCUCAUCAAGUUUGUUUCUGUUUCCAGGACCAAUGCAGCUACUAGAUUGUACUUUAGUAUAACAGAUGUUUGAUUAAUUAGACAACAAAGCUGAAAUGAAUUGUUACAGUCCAUUAAAAUACAGUCAUCUCUGCAGUGCACUUUUGACUGUACAUGUAUGGAAUUUGUAAAGGUGUUGGGGAGAGCCUCAAUAAAAUGGAAAAGGUUUUGUUAG